AAAGUACAUCACCAACUAAUUCAACUCUCAUUGUCAAAAAAAACCUAAUUCAACUAUAUAUAUAGGAGGCCAAAGAGCUAUUAGAAGCAGUAACACAAAAAUGGAACCAAAUAAUAAAUCUUCAAACGAAGAGGCCAAAGAGCUAUUAGAGGCAGUAACACACAUAUCCAACCAUAAUAUAGCUUACCUAAAUUCCAUGGCCUUAAAAUGUGCCAUUCAACUAGGCAUCCCCGAAGCCAUUCACAAACACGGCAAACCCGUGACUAUCGAUGAGCUCGCCAAAGCUCUUUCAAUCCAUCCUAACAAGGCUCCAUCCUUGCAUCAGUUAAUGCGUCUUCUUGUUCACUCCAAAUUCUUCGCUACCAAAACUUUAACCAAUAAUAAUAUUAAUGGAGACGAAACAUUAUUAUUUGAUCUUACCCUAAACUCGCAACUUCUUUUAAAAGAUCACCCUUUAACUCAAGCACCCUUGACUCUUAUGGGAGCCGAUCCACUAGUAACUAAGCCGUCGCAUAAUUUUGCCACGUGGUUUCAAAACCAUGAUGUUAAAACAUCUGAAUCCCCUUUUUAUUUUACUUACGGAAGACAUCUAUACGAAGGCGUGCCUAGUGAUGAUACAAAAUUCGAUGAUUUAUUUCAACAAGCUAUGACAAGUGAUUCUCAAUUGAUCGCCCGUGUACUAUUAACUAGUAAUGAGUUCAAGGGUGUAAUGCACGGUGUUGAGUCGUUGGUCGACGUUGGUGGAGGUGAUGGUACUAUGGCUAGUUCCAUUGCCGUGGCCUAUCCUGAGGUCAAAUGUACCGUGUUCGAUCUACCAAACGUCGUCGAAGGGAUACAACGAAACGAGAAGGUAGAAAACUUGACAUAUGUUGCAGGUGACAUGUUUGAAGCUAUUCCUCGCGCUCAAGUCAUCUUACUCAAGUGGAUAUUGCACAAUUGGAGCGACGAGAAUUGCAUAAAGGUGCUUAAGCAAUGUAAAGAAGCAAUUCCAAGAAGGGACAAAGGAGGCAAGUUGUUGAUCAUAGAUAUGGUGGUUGGGAUUCCAAGCGACAAUUUAAACCAACUUCUCGCAGAUGUGCACAUGAUGUCACUUUUGGGAGGUAAAGAAAGAAGUGAACAACAAUGGAAAUAUCUCUUCAUCAAUGCCGGCUUUAGUGAUGACUAUAGGAUUUUACCAAUCUUAGGGCCGAGAUCUGUUAUUGAAGUCUAUCCUGCAUAAUUUUAUUAUUCUAAAAUGAAAUAUAAAUAACAAAUCAUUCCCUUAUAAAUCGAGGAAGAAAUUGGAUUUUUUUUUUUUUCUGUGUGCUUUGUAAGUUUAUUUUAGUAUACAACGUUUUGUACGACGCGAUAUUUUGAAGCUUAGUAUGUAUAAAAUGAUGCACCUCAUUGUAUGACGAAAUUUUCAACUAUCACAAAUAUGGCACUUCAAUUCCCUCCAUAUAUACCUUAAAAUGUUUUACAAAACUCUUUUGCAUAGUGCAUGGACAACAGUUAUAUACCUGAAAAUGUUCUUUUACA